AUGUGGCCGGUGUGUGGGUGCAGUGAGGAGGCCUGUGGUGUGUGUGAACGCUGUGUGGAUGUGCUCCUGGCUCUGGGUCACUCUUCCUUACAUGGCCUCGCUGUACACAGAGUUGUGGGUGGGCCGUUCUGUUCUGCCUGGGACCUUACAUGGGACGAUGAGGUGGUCCUGCAGUGCUCUGCCACUCUGCACAAAGAGCAGCAGAAGCUUUGCCUCGCGGCUGAAGGCUUCGGGAACAGACUUUGCUUCCUCGAGUCUAUCUCCAACUCAAAGAAUGUGCCUCCAGACCUGUCCAUCUGCACCUUUGUGUUGGAGCAGUCUCUGUCGGUGCGUGCGCUGCAGGAGAUGCUCGCCAACACAGAAGACAAGGCCGACGCGACUGCGCAGGGCGGCGGCCAUCGCACUCUUCUGUACGGACACGCCGUGCUGCUGCGACACUCCUACAGCUCCAUGUACCUUUGCUGUCUGUCCACAUCGCGCUCAUCCACAGACAAGCUGGCCUUUGACGUGGGGCUGCAGGAGGACACGACCGGAGAGGCCUGCUGGUGGACCAUCCAUCCAGCCUCAAAGCAGCGCUCAGAGGGAGAGAAGGUCCGAGUCGGGGAUGACCUGAUCCUGGUCAGCGUCUCGUCUGAGAGAUAUCUCCACCUUUCGUACGGCACAGACAGUCUCCACGUGGACGCAGCCUUCCAGCAGACCCUGUGGAGUGCGGCUCCCAUCUGCUCCGGCAGCGAGGUGGCUCAAGGGUUUCUGAUCGGAGGAGAUGUGAUGCGCCUCCUUCACGGCCACAUGGACGAGUGUCUGACUGUCCCGUCUGGAGAACAUGGGAACGAACACAGACGGUCUGUGCAUUAUGAAGGAGGAGCCGUGUCCAGCCACGCUCGCUCACUGUGGAGACUGGAGACACUCAGAGUGAUGUGGAGCGGGAGCCACAUCCGAUGGGGUCAGCCGUUCCGAUUGCGUCAUGUGACCACAGGGAAGUACCUGAGUUUGAGCCACGACCGGGUUCUGCUGCUCAUGGACAAAGACCGGGCCGACAUCAAGUCUACUGCCUUCUGCUUCAGGUCCUCCAAGGAAAAACUCGAUCCAGGAGUGAGAAAGGAGGUGGAUGGAAUGGGCACUCCAGACAUUAAAUAUGGGGACUCGGUGUGCUAUAUUCAGCACGUGGACACGAGUUUGUGGCUCACCUACCAGACUGUGGACGCCAAGUGUGCGCGAAUGGGAGGAGUGCAAAGAAAGGCCAUAAUGCACCAUGAGGGCCACAUGGACGACGGGCUGACGCUGUCUCGGUCCCAGCAUGAGGAAAGUCGCGCUGCUCGGGUCAUCCGCAGUUCCGCCUUCCUCUUCAACCUCUUCAUCCGGGAUCUAGAUACAUUAAGGAGAAAAGGAAAGAGCUCCUCCUCAGACCUCCCCAUAGACUCGGUCAACCUCAGCUUGCAGGACCUGAUUGGUUAUUUCCAACCCCCUGAUGAGCAGCUGGAGCAUGAAGUCAAGCAGAAUCGCCUGAGAGCACUAAAGAAUCGGCAGAACCUGUUCCAAGAAGAGGGGAUGAUCAGCCUGGUGCUGGAGUGCAUAGACCACCUUCAUGUCUACAGCAGCGCGGCACAUUUCGCUGAAGUUGUUGGACAAGCAGCUGGAGAGGCCUGGAGCUCCAUUCUCAACUCCCUCUAUGAGCUGCUGGCUGCUCUGAUCCGAGGAAACAGAAAGAACUGUGCCCAGUUCUCCAGCUCUCUGGACUGGCUCAUCAGCCGACUGGAGAGACUGGAGGCCUCGUCUGGGAUACUGGAGGUGCUUCACUGUGUGCUGGUGGAGAGUCCAGAGGCCCUGAACAUUAUCAAAGAGGGUCAUAUCAAAUCCAUCAUAUCACUGCUGGAUAAACAUGGACGCAACCAUAAGGUCCUGGAUGUGCUCUGCUCCCUCUGUGUGUGUAAUGGUGUGGCAGUGCGAUCCAACCAACACCUCAUCUGUGACAACCUGCUCCCGGGACGAGACCUGCUCCUACAGACCAGACUCACCAACCACGUCAGCAGCAUUCGUCCCAACAUUUUCCUGGGGGUCAGUGAGGGUUCUGCUCAAUACAAGAAAUGGUACUAUGAGCUGAUUGUGGACCAGGCCAAAGCCUUCAUCACAGCUGAGGCGACUCACCUGAGAGUGGGCUGGGCCAACACCAGCGGCUAUGGUCCCUGCCCCAGUGGAGGCGAGGGCUGGGGGGCUAAUGGCAUCGGGGAUGACCUGUACUCCUAUGGAUUUGAUGGGCUACACCUCUGGUCAGGUUGUGUUGCUCGUACAGUCAGCUCCCCAAACCAGCACCUCUUGAAGGCUGAGGACGUGGUGAGCUGCUGCCUUGAUCUGAGCGUGCCCAGUAUUUCCUUCAGGAUCAAUGGACAACCGGUCCAGGGCAUGUUUGAGAACUUCAACUCAGAUGGGCUUUUUUUCCCCGUGGCAAGCUUCUCUGCCGGAGUCAAGAUUCGGUUUCUCUUGGGCGGCCGUCAUGGGGAGUUCAAGUUCCUUCCGCCUCCUGGAUACGCUCCUUGUUAUGAAGCGGUUUUGCCAAGAGAAAAGCUCAAACUAGAAGCCAGCGCUGAUCAUACGGCUGCACAAGACCUCCUCGGACCAACUGUGACGUUAAGCCAAGCAGCCUUCACUCCCACCCCUGUAGAUACCAGCCAGAUUGUGCUUCCGCCUCAUCUGGAGAGAAUCCGUGAGAAGCUGGCAGAAAACAUCCAUGAGCUGUGGGUUAUGAACAAGAUUGAACUGGGGUGGACUUUUGGCGCAGUACGAGAUGACAACAAGCGGCAACAUCCUUGUUUGGUGGAAUUUGCUAAGCUUCCGGAGCAAGAGUGCAGCUACAACCUCCAGAUGUCCCUAGAGACCCUGAAGACCCUUCUGGCUCUGGGGUGCCAUGUUGGCCUGGCAGAUGAGCACGCUGUGGAAAAGGUCCGAAACAUGAAACUGUCUUCAACAUAUGAGCUCUCCAGUGGGUACAAGCCAGCUCCUCUGGACCUCAGCCACAUCAAACUGACCUCCACACAGGAGGCCAUGGUGGACAAACUGGCCGAAAAUGCUCACAAUGUCUGGGCUCGCGACCGCAUCCGGCAGGGAUGGACCUAUGGCAUCCAGCAGGACGUGAAAAAUCGCAGAAAUCCUCGGCUUGUUCCAUACGUAUUGCUGGAUGAAAGAACCAAGAAAUCAAACAAAGACAGUCUUCGAGAAGCCGUGCGGACUCUACUGGGCUACGGCUACAACCUGGAAGCUCAGGACCAGGACCACACCCAGUCUGACUUCAGCUGCAUGUCGACUGAGAGGUUCCGUAUUUUCAGAGCCGAGAAAACCUACUGUGUAAAUGCUGGGAAGUGGUACUUUGAGCUGGAGGUGCUCACUGCGGGACAAAUGAGAGUGGGCUGGGCCAGACCAGGCUGCCUCCCAGACCUAGAGCUGGGCUCUGACGACCAGGCUUUCGUCUUUGAUGGCUUCAAGGUUCAGCGCUGGCACCAGGGUAACGAGCACUUUGGGCGGGCCUGGCAGACUGGGGAUGUUGUGGGCUGUAUGGUAGACCUCAACGAACACACCAUGAUGUUCACUCUCAAUGGAGAAGUGAUGCUGGACGACUCUGGCUCAGAACUCGCCUUUAAGGACUUUGAGAUCGGAGACGGUUUUAUUCCUGUGUGUAGUCUGGGGGUCUGUCAGAUCGGCCGAAUGAACUUUGGCAAAGAUGUGAGCUUGCUGAAAUAUUUCACCAUCUGCGGUCUGCAGGAGGGAUAUGAACCGUUUGCAGUCAACAUGAACCGUGACGUCACCAUGUGGCUGAGCAAGAGGCUGCCUCAGUUUGUCCCUGUGCCUCCCCUCCACCAGCACAUAGAGGUGACACGGAUCAAUGGCAGUGUAGAGUCCUGUCCUUGCCUGAAGGUCACGCAGAGGUCCUUUGGCUCUCAGAACAACAACCCCGACAUCAUGUUCUACAGGUUGAGCAUGCCUGUGGAGUGUGCCGAGUGUCUCUCCAGAAGUCCAACCAACAGCAGCUUUUUCUCACCUAAAAAGGAGCUAGAGGACUUUGAAACCGUUUCAGAUUUUGAGGUUCUGAUGAAGACACAGAGCUACAGUGGUCCCAACGGCCCUGAGAAAGACGAGUACAACAACCACAAAGAUUACACCCAAGAGAAGCCCUCCAAGCUCAAGCAGAGAUUCAUGCUGAAGAGGAAUAAGCCGGACAACAGUUGCCCUACUGUGACCCCUCAGCCUGAGGAAGAGCGGGCUGAUGACAGGGAAGACAAGGACGAGUAUGACAUGCAUGCCUCAACUUACUUCUACUCUGUGAGGAUCUUCCCAGGGCAGGAGCCCAGCAGUGUGUGGGUGGGGUGGGUCACCUCGGACUUCCAUCAGUACGACCCUGGCUUUGAGCUGCAGAAGGUGCGCACAGUCACUGUCACUCUCGGAGACGAGAAGGGAAAAGUGCACGAGAGUAUAAAGCGCAGUAAUUGCUACAUGGUGUGGGCUGGAGAAAGCAGCAGUCCUGGUCAGGGCAGGAACAAUAAUGGAUUAGAGAUUGGCUGUUUGGUGGACACGACCUCAGGCCUGUUAUCCUUCACUGCCAACGGCAAAGAGCUUAGCACUUUCUAUCAGGUGGAGCCCAGCACCAAGCUGUUCCCUGCAGUGUUUGCCAAGGCCACGAGUCCCAAUGUUUUCCAGUUUGAGUUAGGUCGCAUCAGGAACAUUAUGCCUCUAUCUGCGGCUCUGUUCAGAAGUGAGCGGACAAACCCCUCUCCUCAGUGCCCUCCGCGCCUCCACGUUCAGUUCCUUACUCCAGUUUUAUGGAGCCGAGUCCCCAACCACUUUCUCAAGGUGGGUGUGUCCUGGAUCAAUGACAGACACGGCUGGCUGGUGCAGUGCUCCGAGGCUCUGCAGUUCAUGUCGCUGCACAUCCCAGAGGAGAACAGGUCGGUGGAUGUUUUGGAGCUAUCAGAACGAAAGGAGCUCUUGCGGUUCCACUACCACACGCUCAGACUGUAUUCUGCCAUCUGUGCCCUGGGGAACCGGCGUGUGGCCCAUGCUCUGUGCUCCCACGUGGAUGAGGCCCAACUGCUGCAGGCCAUUCAGGACAAGUACAUGCCUGGGCUGUUGCGAGCCGGUUACUACGACCUCCUCAUCGACAUCCACUUGAGCAGCUACGCCACAGCGCGUCUCAUGAUGAACGAUGAGUACAUUGUCCCGAUGACAGAGGCCACAAAGAGCAUUACUCUGUUUCCCGAAGACUCCAAUGAACAAGGGCUCCCAGGCAUUGGUCUGAGCACCUCUCUCCAGCCCCGAAUGCUUUUCUCCUCCCCUAACUUCAUUUGUAACCGCUCUGUACACUACACCCACAGUGCCGACAGUGCACUUUCAGGAGACUGCUUCCAGUACAGCCCCGAGUUCCCUCUGGGCGUCCUGAAGGAGAAGACCAUCGAGAUGCUGACCGAGGCGGUGCAGGAGGGGAGCAAGCACGUGCGAGACCCCAUUGGCGGAAGCACGGAGUUCCUGUUCGUGCCUGUCCUCAAACUGGUGUACACCAUGCUCAUCAUGGGACUGUUCCACAAUGGAGACCUGAAGAGGAUUCUGCGUCUGAUCGAACCCAAUGUGUUUUCAGAGCAGGGGCCUGAGCAGCAGCGAUCUGUGGCCAAAGAAGGGCUGCUGCAGAUGAAGCUUCCAGAGUCUGUCAAACUACAGAUGUGCCACGUGCUGUGUUUCCUGUGCGACUGCCAGCUCCGCCAUCGGAUCGAGGCCGUGGUGGCGUUUUCUGACGACUUUGUGGCGUCUCUUCAGGACAAUCAGCGUUUUCGAUACAAUGAAGUCAUGUUAGCUCUUAACAUGUCUGCUGCCCUCACUGCAAAGAAGACCAAAGAGUUCCGCUCCCCUCCCCAGGAGCAGAUCAACAUGCUGUUAAACUUUAAGGAUGAGAAGCAGGAGUGUCCUUGUCCCCACGAUAUCCGGGAGCAGCUGCUGGACUUCCACGAUGACCUCAUGAGGCACUGUGAACUGGAUGAAGACAGAUCCUUGGACCGCGGCGCAGACGUCACCAUCAGGGGGCGCCUCAUGUCCUUAGUGGAGAAAGUGUCGAAUCUGAAGAAGAAGAUGGCACACCUCCCUCUGGAAACGCACGGACGCAAGCUGAGCACCCUUCAGCAGCUCAUCUCCGACACCAUGGUGCGCUGGGCUCAGGAGGCUGUGAUAGACGACCCAGAACUGGUCCGAGCCAUGUUUGUCCUUCUCCAUCGCCAAUAUGACGGCAUCGGAGGACUGGUCCGAGCUCUUCCAAAGACUUACACCAUAAACUCAGUCUCGAUAGAGGACACAAUCACUCUCCUGGCUGCUCUGGGUCAGAUCCGCUCUCUGCUGAGUGUGCGCAUGGGGCGUGAAGAGGAGAAACUUAUGAUCCGGGGGCUGGGUGAUAUUAUGAACAACAAGGUCUUCUACCAGCACCCUAACCUGAUGAGAGCGCUGGGCAUGCACGAGACUGUCAUGGAGGUCAUGGUCAAUGUCCUGAGUGGAGGAGACUCUAAGGAAAUUACCUUCCCCAAAAUGGUGGCAAACUGUUGUCGAUUUCUGUGUUACUUCUGUCGCAUCAGCCGCCAGAACCAGAAGGCCAUGUUUGACCAUCUCAGUUACCUCCUGGAGAACAGCAGCGUGGGACUAGCUUCACCUUCCAUGCGCGGUUCCACUCCUCUGGACGUGGCCGCGGCGUCUGUUAUGGACAACAACGAGCUGGCUUUGGCUUUGAGGGAACCAGACCUGGAGAAGGUGGUGCGGUACCUGGCUGGCUGUGGCCUGCAGAGUUGUGUGAUGUUAGUCUGCAAAGGUUACCCCGACAUCGGAUGGAACCCUGUGGAAGGAGAGCGCUACUUGGACUUCCUGCGUUUUGCUGUGUUUUGUAACGGGGAAAGUGUGGAAGAAAACGCUAAUGUGGUGGUGAGACUGCUGAUCCGUCGACCGGAGUGUUUCGGCCCCGCUCUUCGAGGAGAAGGAGGAGAUGGUCUGUUGUCGGCCAUGGAGGAAGCCAUUAAGAUUUCCCAGGAUCCCUGUAGAGAUGGCCCCUCCCCCACAUCUGAGAGCAAUCGGACCCUGGAAUUGAUGGAGGACGAAGAGGACGACACCAUCCACAUGGGAAACGCCAUCAUGACCUUUUACUCGGCACUGAUCGACUUGCUCGGCCGCUGUGCUCCUGAGAUGCAUCUGAUCCACGCGGGCAAAGGUGAAGCCAUUCGCAUCAGGGCCAUUCUGCGCUCCCUCAUUCCCAUCAAGGACCUCGUGGGGGUCAUCAGUAUCCCCUUCUCCAUGCCCAGCCUCACUAAAGAUGGGGUGGUUUUGGAGCCUGACAUGUCGGCUGGCUUCUGUCCGGACCACAAAGCAGCCAUGGUACUGUUUCUGGAUCGUGUCUAUGGGAUUGAAGACCAGAACUUUCUCCUGCACUUACUUGAGAUUGGCUUUUUACCUGAUCUGAGAGCUGCCGCCUCUCUUGAUACUGUGGCCCUCAGUGCGACAGACAUGGCACUGGCUUUGAAUCGUUACCUCUGUACGGCGGUGCUCCCCCUGCUGACUAAAUGUGCGCCUCUGUUUGCGGGCACGGAGCCGUUUGCUUCCCUGAUCGACUCCCUGCUCCACACUGUGUACCGCCUGUCCAGAGGCUGCUGUCUGACCAAGGCCCAGCGUGACGCCAUCGAGGAGUGCCUGCUCUCUGUCUGCGGGAAGCUGAGGCCUUCCAUGAUGCAGCACCUGCUGAGGAGGCUGGUAUUUGAUGUCCCUCUGCUGAAUGAACACACCAAGAUGCCUUUGAAGCUGCUAACCAACCACUACGAGCGCUGCUGGAAGUACUACUGUCUGUCUGGAGGCUGGGGCAGCUUCGGGGCAGCAUCAGACGAGGAGCUGCACCUCUCCAGGAAACUCUUCUGGGGAAUCUUUGAUGCUCUGUCGCGUAAGCCGUACGAGCAAGAGCUGUUUAAGCUGGCCUUGCCCUGUCUCAGUGCUGUCGCCGGGGCCCUCCCUCCAGACUACAUGGAGUCCAAUUACAUGACUCUGAUGGAGAAGCAGUCUUCCAUGGACUCUGAGGGGAACUUCACUCCUCAGCCUGCAGACAUCACCAGUAUCGCUGUGCCUGAAAAACUGGACUGUUUCAUCACACGAUAUGCAGAACACAACCAUGAGAAGUGGUGUACAGAAAAGUUUUCCUCUGGCUGGUCCCAUGGAGACCAGAUCUGUGAGAUCGCUAAAACCCACGCUUUACUGAAGCCUUACAAGAGCAUCCCAGAGAAGGAAAGGGAGGCGUAUCGCUGGCCUGUAACAGAGUCUCUGAAGACCAUGCUCUCAUGGGGCUGGAGCAUCGAGCGCAUCAAAGAGUCAGACCCAGCAAAUCUCUGCAACAAGUCCAGAAGAAUCUCCCAGAUCAGCCAGCUGUCGUUUGAGGGUGGUCCAGCUUUCUUCCCCAGGCCCAUCGAUAUGAGCAACGUAACACUAUCCAGAGAUAUGCAGUCCAUGGCAGAGCUGCUUGCUGAGAAUUACCAUAAUAUCUGGGCCAGGAAAAAGAAACAGGAGCUAGAAGCUAAAGGAGGUGGGAACCAUCCGCUCUUAGUCCCAUAUGACACACUGACCGCUAAAGAGAAGGCCAAAGACAGAGAAAAGGCUCAGGACAUCCUCAAGUUCCUACAGAUCAAUGGAUACAUUUUGUCCAGGGGGGUAAAGUCUCCAGAACUAGACACUCCUGCGAUAGAGAAGCGCUUUGCCUACACUUUCUUGCAGCAACUUAUUGCGUAUGUGGACCAGGCGCAUCAGCACAUGUUAGACUUCGAUGUGGGCACAAGGCAAAAGGGAGAGAAGAUUCCUCACGAACAGCAGAUUAAAUUCUUUGGGAAGGUGGUUCUUCCUUUAUUGGAUCAGUACUUCAAAAACCACCGGCUCUACUUCUUGUCUACAGCCAUACACCUCAUAAGCAGCGGUGGUCAUGCCUCCAACAAGGAGAAGGAGAUGGUCACCAGCCUUUUCUGCAAACUGGGUGUUCUGGUCAGACACAGGAUAUCCUUAUUUGGGAGCCACGCAAGCUCCAUCGUGAACUGUCUGCAGAUCCUUGGACAGAGCUUGGAUGCCAGGACAGUGAUGAAGACUGGUCUGGAGUCAGUGAAAGUGGCCCUGCGGUGCUACUUUUUGAACGCGGCUGAGGAUCUGGAAAAGACCCAAGAAAACCUGCAGCUGGGUCAGUUUAGCCACAGCCGAGAGCAGCCGCGUGGAGUCACUCAGAUCAUCAACUACACCACAGUGGCUCUGCUGCCGGUGCUCUCCUCUCUGUACGAGCACAUCGGCGAGAACGCCUUCGGAGAGGACUUGAUCCUGGACGAUGUUCAGGUUUCCUGCUACAGAAUUCUCAACAGUCUGUACCUCUUGGGCACCAACACAAGCAUCUAUGUGGAGAGACAGCGGCCUGCUUUAGGAAAGUGUCUGGCGGCAUUUUCUGCUGCUUUUCCUGUUGCUUUCCUGGAGCCCCACCUGAACAAGUUCAACCCCUUUUCUAUCUACAACAGCAGACCUGCAAAAGAGCGCAUUGCCCUGGGGCUCCAAGGACAGGUCAGCCAAGUUUGUCCGCUCCUCCCCAACCUGGACACGUGUCUGCAGGAGAUCACUGAUCUGGCACAGUCUGGCAUGAGGUACACACAGAUGCCUCACGUGAUGGAAGUGGUGCUGCCUAUGUUGUGUAACUAUAUGUCCCACUGGUGGGAGCACGGCCCAGAGAACACAGCGGAGCGGGCAGAAGGCUGUUGCACAGCGGUCACCUCGCAGCACAUGAACGCUCUGUUGGGAAACAUCCUGAAGAUCAUCUAUAACAACCUGGGCAUUGAUGAAGGAGCCUGGAUGAAGCGGCUGGCGGUCUUUUCGCAGCCCAUCAUCAUCAAGGCACAACCAGAACUUCUCAAGACCCACUUCCUGCCUCUUAUGGACAAACUCAAGAAAAAAGCGUCAGUGGUUCUUCUGGACGAGGAGCACAGUAAAGCAGAGGGCAGAGGGGAGAUGUCAGAGACAGAGCUGCUCAUCAUGGACCAGUUCACCGUCUUGGUGCGGGACUUGUACGCCUUUUACCCGCUACUCAUCCGAUUUGUGGACUACAACAGGGCUCGGUGGUUGCGGGAGUCGGACCCAGACGCUGAGGAGCUGUUCAGGAUGGUGGCUGAAGUCUUCAUAUUUUGGUCAAAAUCUCACAAUUUCAAGAGAGAGGAGCAGAACUUUGUGGUACAGAAUGAAAUCAACAACAUGUCGUUCCUCAUCUCUGACACUAAGUGUAAAAUGUCAAAGGGCUUGGUGUCGGACCAGGAAAGGAAGAAGAUGAAGAGGAAGGGAGACCGCUACACCAUGCAGACCAGUCUGAUUGUGGCCACGCUGAAGAGGCUGCUGCCUGUGGGGCUCAACAUGUGUGCUCCUGGGGAACAAGAGCUGAUCGCACUGGCCAAGAACCGCUUCACGCAGAAGGACACUGAAGUUGAAGUCCGAGAGACUAUCAGAAGCAACCUGCACCUGCAGGGAAAGCUGGAGGAUCCAGCCAUCCGCUGGCAGAGGGCCUUGUAUCGAGAACUCCCCAGUCACUGUGAAGAAUUCUCAGACCCAGACAAGACUGUGGACAGGGUCCUGGACAUUGCUCAUGUGCUUUUUCAUCUGGAUCAGGUGGAGCAUCCUCAGCGCAGUAAGAAGGCUGUGUGGCACAAGCUGCUCUCCAAACAGAGAAAGAGGGCAGUGGUGGCAUGCUUCAGAAUGGCACCUCUUUAUAACUUACCACGGCACCGAGCAGUCAACCUGUUCCUGCAGGGCUACGAGAAGUCCUGGAUAGAAGCAGAAGAGCACUACUUUGAGGAUAAACUCAUCGAGGAUCUGGCUAAACCUGGUGAACAGGAAACGUUGGAAGAGGAAGAAGGAGUAAAGCUCAUCGAUCCUUUGCAUCAGCUCAUUCAGCUGUUCAGCAGAACUGCUCUCACUGAGAAAUGUAAACUGGAUGAGGAUUUGCUGUACAUGGCUUACGCGGAUAUUAUGGCGAAGAGCUGCCACGAUGAAGAGGAUGAAGACGGAGAAGAAGUGAAGACGUUUGAGGAGAAAGAGAUGGAGAAGCAGAAGCUGUUGUACCAGCAGGCUCGGCUGCACGACCGAGGAGCUGCAGAGAUGGUUCUCCAAACGCUGAGUGCAAGCAAAGGUGAGAUGGGUCUGAUGGUGGCCUCCACGCUGAAGCUGGGAAUAGCCAUAUUGAAUGGGGGGAACUCCACAGUGCAGCAGAAAAUGCUGGAUUACCUCAAAGACAAGAAAGAUGUGGGUUUCUUCCAGAGUCUGGCCAGACUCAUGCAGUCGUGCAGCGUUUUGGAUCUAAAUGCGUUUGAGCGACAGAACAAAGCAGAAGGUCUGGGAAUGGUGACAGAAGAAGGAUCAGACCAGUACCAGUCAGACCAGUACCAGUCAGACCAGUACCAGUCAGACCAGUAUCAGUCAGACCAGUACCAGUCAGACCAGUAUCAGUCAGACCAGUACCAGUCAGACCAGUAUCAGUCAGACCAGUACCAGUCAGACCAGUAUCAGUCAGACCAGUACCAGUCAGACCAGUAUCAGUCAGACCAGUACCAGUCAGACCAGUAUCAGUCAGACCAGUACCAGUCAGACCAGUACCAGUCAGACCAGUAUCAGUCAGACCAGUACCAGUCAGACCAGUAUCAGUCAGACCAGUACCAGUCAGACCAGUAUCAGUCAGACCAGUACCAGUCAGACCAGUACCAGUCAGACCAGUACCAGUCAGACCAGUAUCAGUCAGACCAGUACCAGUCAGACCAGUACCAGUCAGACCAGUAUCAGUCAGACCAGUACCAGUCAGACCAGUACCAGUCAGACCAGUACCAGUCAGACCAGUAUCAGUCAGACCAGUACCAGUCAGACCAGUACCAGUCAGACCAGUACCAGUCAGACCAGUACCAGUCAGACCAGUGGACAGGGCAGAGAGAGAAGGUCAUGCAGGACGAUCAGUUCACGUGUGACCUGUUCCGCUUCCUUCAGCUGCUCUGUGAAGGACACAACUCAGAUUUUCAGAACUACCUGAGGACACAGACCGGCAACAACACAACAGUCAACAUCAUCAUCUCUACAGUGGACUACCUCCUGCGAGUCCAGGAGUCCAUCAGUGACUUCUACUGGUAUUAUUCAGGCAAAGAUGUCAUCGAUGAGCAGGGCCAGAGGAACUUCUCCAAAGCCAUAAAUGUUGCGAAACAAGUCUUCAACACACUCACGGAGUAUAUCCAGGGGCCCUGCACGGGGAACCAGCAGAGCCUGGCUCAUAGUCGUCUGUGGGAUGCAGUGGUGGGAUUCCUGCAUGUGUUUGCUCAUAUGCAGAUGAAACUGUCCCAGGACUCCAGUCAAAUCGACCUAUUGAAAGAAUUGAUGGAUCUACAGAAGGACAUGGUGGUCAUGCUGCUGUCCAUGCUGGAAGGUAACGUGGUGAAUGGCACCAUUGGAAAGCAGAUGGUGGACAUGCUGGUAGAAUCCUCCAACAAUGUCGAAAUGAUCCUCAAAUUCUUCGACAUGUUCCUCAAACUGAAAGACUUGACCUCGUCCGAUGCCUUCAAGGAGUAUGACCAGGAUGGAAAAGGUGUGAUCUCGAAACGGGACUUCCACAAAGCCAUGGAGAGUCAUAAGCACUACACUCCAUCAGAGACGGACUUCCUUCUGUCCUGCGCCGAGACUGACGAGAAUGAACUCCUGGAUUAUGAGGAGUUUGUGCAGCGCUUCCACGAGCCUGCAAAGGACAUAGGCUUCAAUGUGGCCGUCCUGCUCACCAACCUGUCGGAGCACAUGCCCCACGACUGUCGGCUGCAGACCUUCCUGGAGCUGGCAGACAGCGUUCUCCACUACUUCCAGCCAUUUCUGGGCAGAAUUGAAAUCAUGGGUAGUGCCAAACGCAUUGAGAGGGUUUACUUUGAGAUCAGCGAGUCCAGCCGCACGCAGUGGGAGAAACCGCAGGUGAAAGAGUCCAAGCGGCAGUUCAUCUUUGACGUGGUGAAUGAAGGAGGGGAGAAGGAGAAGAUGGAGCUGUUUGUAAACUUCUGUGAGGACACCAUCUUUGAAAUGCAGCUUGCCGCACAGAUGUCUGACGCAGGAGAGCGCUUAAUGGUGAAAGAGGAGAGCGAGAAAGAACGGCCUGAUGAAGACACCUCUGACCAGGGCUUCUUCACCAUAAACACUGUCUGCAUGGCUCUGGUUACUCUCCGCUACAACCUACUUAUUCUGAUCAAGGUGCUGUCUGUGAAGAGCCUGAAGAAGCAGAUGAAGAGGGUGAAGAACAUGACGCUGAAGGAGCUGGUGGGGGCGCUCUUGUCCUGUUACUGCGCCAUCCUCCUGGGCCUGCUGCAUGUGGCCUUCAGCGUGGCCCGAGGCUUCUGCCGGAUCUUCUACAACACAUUCAUGGGCGGAAACCUGGUGGAGGGGGCUAAAACCAUAAAGGUGUCGGAGCUGCUCGCCAACAUGCCUGACCCCACCCAGGACGAGGUGCGAGGGGAGGGGGAGAGGGAGCGGCGGUCUGAGAGAAGCUCCGCCAAAGAAGACCUGGCCGACCUGGUGGUGAACACGAGUGACACGGAGCUGCUGUCAGACAUCUUUGGGCUGGACCUGAGGCGCGAGGGAGGCCAGUACAAGAUCACGCCCCACAACCCCAACGCCGGCCUGACCCAACUGCUCAGCAGCCCUGUGCCCCCGCCCACUCCCCCCACACAGCCCAGACAGCGCCACCUGUCCCAGACCUCAGCCCCAGAAGAAAAGGAACCCAGCUCUGAAGCAACAUGUGACACAGAAACUAAAUCAGAGACUGAGCAUGUGGAGAAAGACAAAGACCAGGCAGCGAAGGUGAAGGAGAAGCCCAAAGUGAGACGGCAGCGUGUCUCCAGAUCAGACGAGGGCGACCAGCAGGAGUCCGCGUUCUGGAAGAAGAUCUUGGCCUAUCAGAGGAAGAUGUUGAACUACUUCGCCAGGAACUUUUACAACAUGAGGAUGCUCGCGCUUCUCGUGGCUUUUGCCAUCAACUUCAUCCUCUUAUUCUAUAAGGUCUCCACUGCUUCAGCCUCAGUGGUGGAGGAGAGAGCGCCCCCUAGCCCUCAUGAGAGCACGGUGCAGCCUGACUCUGUGGACGCUCAGGUCCUGGGCGAGGUUGAUGCCGAGGUUCUGAUCGACUCAGGACUGUCCCGUAAACCCACCACUGUGCGCUUUGUCCUGGAGGAGAGCAGCGGCUACAUGGAGCCCACGCUGAGGAUCCUGGCCAUCCUCCACACUGUCAUCUCCUUCUUCUGCAUCAUCGGAUACUACUGUCUCAAGGUUCCUCUGGUUAUCUUUAAAAGGGAAAAGGAAGUGGCUCGAAAGCUGGAGUUUGAUGGUUUGUACAUCACAGAGCAGCCGUCUGAGGAUGACAUCAAAGGGCAGUGGGACAGGCUGGUCAUAAACACACAAUCGUUUCCAAACAAUUAUUGGGACAAGUUUGUGAAAAGAAAGGUGAUGGAUAAAUACGGUGAGUUCUAUGGUCAUGACCGAAUCAGCGAGCUCCUGGGGAUGGACAAGGCAGCCCUGGACUUCAGCGACUCUCAGAAGAAGAGGAAGCCUCGCAGAGACAGCUCAUUGGCCGCCGUACUUAAUUCCAUUGAUGUCCAGUACCAGAUUUGGAAGUUGGGAGUUGUUUUCACUGACAAUUCCUUCCUGUACCUGGCCUGGUACAUGACCAUGUCCAUCCUGGGGCACUACAACAACUUCUUCUUUGCCGCUCACCUGCUGGACAUCGCCAUGGGCUUUAAAACUCUGCGCACUAUCCUUUCAUCUGUGACUCACAACGGGAAGCAGCUGGUCCUGACCGUGGGGCUCCUGGCUGUGGUCGUUUACCUCUACACCGUGGUGGCGUUUAACUUCUUCAGAAAGUUCUACAACAAAAGCGAGGAUGGCGAGCUGCCGGACAUGAAGUGUGAUGACAUGCUGACGUGCUACAUGUUCCACAUGUAUGUGGGUGUGCGUGCUGGAGGAGGCAUCGGGGACCAGAUUGAGGACCCAGCCGGAGACGAAUACGAGAUUUACAGAAUCAUCUUCGACAUCACCUUCUUCUUCUUUGUUAUAGUCAUCCUGCUGGCCAUCAUCCAAGGUCUCAUCAUCGACGCCUUUGGAGAGCUGCGAGACCAGCAGGAGCAAGUGAAGGAAGACAUGGAGACUAAAUGCUUCAUCUGUGGAAUCGGAAAUGACUAUUUUGACACAGUGCCUCAUGGAUUUGAGACACACACUCUUCAGGAGCACAACUUGGCCAAUUACUUGUUCUUUGUGAUGUAUUUGAUCAACAAAGAUGAGACGGAGCACACUGGCCAGGAGUCCUAUGUGUGGAAGAUGUACCAGGAGCGCUGCUGGGAGUUCUUUCCUGCAGGAGACUGUUUCCGUAAACAACCCUCUCCUGUCCCAGUCAGACCCUCCCCUGUCCCAGUCAGACCCUCCUGUCCCAGUCUGACCCUCUCCUGUCCCAGUCUGACCCUCUCCUGUCCUAGUCAGACCCUCCCCUGUCCCAUCAGACUCUCUCCUGUCCUAGUGAGACCCUCUCCUGUCCUGGUCAGACCCUCUCCUGUCCUAGUGAGACCCUCUCCUGUCCUGGUCAGAACCUCUCCUGUCCUGGUCAGAUCCUCUCCUGUCCCAGUCAGACCCUCUCCUGUCCCAGUCAGACCCUCUCCUGUCCCAUCAGACCCUCUCUUGUCCUGGUCAGACCCUCUCCUGUCCUAUCAGACCCUCUCCUUUCCCAGUCAGACCCUCUUAUGUCCCAUCAGACUCUCUCCUGUCCCAGUCAGACCCUCUCCUGUCCCAGUCAGACCCUCUCCUGUCCCAUCAGAUCCUCUCCUGUCCCAGUCAGACCCUCUCCUGUCCCAUCAGACCCUCUCCUGUCCUGGUCAGACCCUCUCCUGUCCUAUCAGAUCCUCUCCUGUCCCAUCAGACCCUCCUGUCCCGGUCAGACCCUCUCCUGUCCCAUCAGACCCUCUCCUAUCCCAGUCAGACCCUCUCCUGUCCCAUCAGACCCUCUCCUGUCCCAGUCAGACCCUCUCCUGUCCCAGUCUGACCCUCUCCUGUCCUAGUCAGACCCUCUCCUGUCCUGGUCAGACCCUCUCCUGUCCUAGUGAGAUCCUCUCCUGUCCCAGUCAGACCCUCUCCUGUCCCAGUCAGACCCUCUCAUGUCCCAUCAGACUCUCUCCUGUCCCAGUCAGACCCUCUCCUGUCCCAUCAGACUCCCUCCUGUCCCAGUCAGACCCUCUCCUGUCCCAUCAGACUCUCUCCUGUCCUGGUCAGACCCUCUCCUGUCCCAUCAGACCCUCUCCUAUCCCAGUCAGACCCUCUCCUGUCCUGACCCUCUCCUGUCCCCAUCAGAUCCUCUCCUGUCCCAUCAGACCCUCCUGCCCCCUUAGACCCUCUCCUGUCCCCAUCAGACCCUCUCCUGUCCCAUCAGACCCUCUCCUGUCCCCAUCAGACCCUCUCCUGUCCCCAUCAGACCCUCUCCUGUCUCAUCAGAUCCUCUCCUGUCCCAGUCAGACCCUCUCCUGUCCCAUCAGACCCUCCUGUCCCAUCAGACCCUCUCCUGUCCCAGUCAGAGCCUCUCCUGUCCCAUCAGACCCUCCUGCCCCCUUAGAUCCUCUCCUGUCCCCAUCAGACCCUCUCCUGUCCCCAUCAGAUCCUCUCCUGUCCCAUCAGACCCUCUCCUGUCCCAGUCAGACCCUCUCCUGUCCCAUCAGACCCUCCUGCCCCCUUAGAUCCUCUCCUGUCCCCAUCAGACCCUCUCCUGUCCCCAUCAGACCCUCUCCUGUCCCAUCAGACCCUCUCCUGUCCCCAUCAGACCCUCUCCUGUCCCCAUCAGACCCUCUCCUGUCUCAUCAGACCCUCUCCUGUCCCAGUCAGACCCUCUCCUGUCCCAUCAGACCCUCCUGUCCCAUCAGACCCUCUCCUGUCCCAUCAGACCCUCUCCUGUCCCAACCCUCUCCUGUCCUGGUCAGACCCUCUCCUGUCCUAGUGAGACCCUCUCCUGUCCUGGUCAGAACCUCUCCUGUCCUGGUCAGAUCCUCUCCUGUCCCAGUCAGACCCUCUCCUGUCCCAGUCAGACCCUCUCCUGUCCCAUCAGAUCCUCUCUUGUCCUGGUCAGACCCUCUCCUGUCCUAUCAGAACCUCUCCUUUCCCAGUCAGACCCUCUUAUGUCCCAUCAGACUCUCUCCUGUCCCAGUCAGACCCUCUCCUGUCCCAGUCAGACCCUCUCCUGUCCCAUCAGAUCCUCUCCUGUCCCAGUCAGACCCUCUCCUGUCCCAUCAGACCCUCUCCUGUCCUGGUCAGACCCUCUCCUGUCCUAUCAGACCCUCUCCUGUCCCAUCAGACCCUCCUGUCCCGGUCAGACCCUCUCCUGUCCCAUCAGACCCUCUCCUAUCCCAGUCAGACCCUCUCCUGUCCCAUCAGAUCCUCUCCUGUCCCAGUCAGACCCUCUCCUGUCCCAGUCUGACCCUCUCCUGUCCUAGUCAGACCCUCUCCUGUCCUGGUCAGACCCUCUCCUGUCCUAGUGAGACCCUCUCCUGUCCCAGUCAGACCCUCUCCUGUCCCAGUCAGACCCUCUCAUGUCCCAUCAGACUCUCUCCUGUCCCAGUCAGACCCUCUCCUGUCCCAUCAGACUCCCUCCUGUCCCAGUCAGAUCCUCUCCUGUCCCAUCAGACUCUCUCCUGUCCUGGUCAGACCCUCUCCUGUCCCAUCAGACCCUCUCCUAUCCCAGUCAGACCCUCUCCUGUCCUGACCCUCUCCUGUCCCAUCAGACCCUCUCCUGUCCCCAUCAGACCCUCUCCUGUCCCCAUCAGACCCUCUCCUGUCUCAUCAGACCCUCUCCUGUCCCAGUCAGACCCUCUCCUGUCCCAUCAGACCCUCCUGUCCCAUCAGACCCUCUCCUGUCCCAGUCAGACCCUCUCCUGUCCCAUCAGACCCUCCUGCCCCCUUAGAUCCUCUCCUGUCCCCAUCAGACCCUCUCCUGUCCCCAUCAGAUCCUCUCCUGUCCCAUCAGACCCUCUCCUGUCCCCAUCAGAUCCUCUCCUGUCCCCAUCAGACCCUCUCCUGUCCCAUCAGACCCUCUCCUGUCCCAGUCAGACCCUCUCCUGUCCCAUCAGACCCUCCUGCCCCCUUAGAUCCUCUCCUGUCCCCAUCAGAUCCUCUCCUGUCCCAUCAGACCCUCUCCUGUCCCAGUCAGAUCCUCUCCUGUCCCAUCAGACCCUCUCCUGUCCCCAUCAGAUCCUCUCCUGUCCCAUCAGAUCCUCUCCUGUCCCAGUCAGAUCCUCUCCUGUCCCAUCAGACCCUCCUGCCCCCUUAGACCCUCUCCUGUCCCCAUCAGAUCCUCUCCUGUCCCAUCAGACCCUCUCCUGUCCCCAGUCAGACCCUCUCCUGUCCCAUCAGACCCUCUCCUGUCCCCAGUCAGACCCUCUCCUGUCCCAUCAGACCCUCCUGCCCCCUCAGACCCUCUCCUGUCCCCAUCAGACUCUCUCCUGUCCCAUCAGACCCUCCUGCCCCCUUAGACCCUCUCCUGUCCCCAUCAGACUCUCUCCUGUCCCAUCAGACCCUCCUGCCCCCUUAGACCCUCUCCUACCCUCUCCUGUCCCAUCAGACCCUCUCCUGUCCCCAUCAGACCCUCUCCUGUCCCCAUCAGACCCUCUCCUGUCUCAUCAGACCCUCUCCUGUCCCAGUCAGACCCUCUCCUGUCCCAUCAGACCCUCCUGUCCCAUCAGACCCUCUCCUGUCCCAACCCUCUCCUGUCCCAUCAGACCCUCUCCUGUCCCAGUCAGACCCUCUCCUGUCCCAUCAGACCCUCCUGCCCCCUUAGAUCCUCUCCUGUCCCCAUCAGAUCCUCUCCUGUCCCAUCAGACCCUCUCCUGUCCCAGUCAGACCUCUCCUGUCCCAUCAGACCCUCUCCUGUCCCCAUCAGAUCCUCUCCUGUCCCAUCAGAUCCUCUCCUGUCCCAGUCAGAUCCUCUCCUGUCCCAUCAGACCCUCCUGCCCCCUUAGACCCUCUCCUGUCCCCAUCAGAUCCUCUCCUGUCCCAUCAGACCCUCUCCUGUCCCCAGUCAGACCCUCUCCUGUCCCAUCAGACCCUCUCCUGUCCCCAGUCAGACCCUCUCCUGUCCCAUCAGACCCUCCUGCCCCCUCAGACCCUCUCCUGUCCCCAUCAGACCCUCUCCUGUCCCAUCAGACCCUCUCCUGUCCCCUGUGA